AUGGGAUCUGGUGGUGUUGGAUGGGGUGACAAGAAAAGUAGUUAUAUAUGGUCAUCUAGUGCGUCAGUACCGGCUUCUGCAAUGAAUGCCACAAGUGCUGAGCUACUGGACUGUGGAAACCUUCAUCAGAGAGAUGGAGAAGUUACUUUGUGGCAGAGCUUUGAUCAUCCUGCUGAUACAUUGUUGCCUGACAUGAGGCUUAGCGUGAACAAAAAAACAGUCUAUCAAAGGCGUCUUACAUCCUGGGCAGCACUUAAUGAUCCACAGCCCAGAAAGUUCACCUUAGGCUUUGAUCCUAAAGUAGUGCCUGGCCAGGCUUUUAUCUGGAAGGAAAAUGCUCCGUAUUGGAGAAGUACGAUCCUAAUUGGCAAGGAAACACAAGCAAGUUUCGGCAAUUUAAGUGGAAACUCGUAUUUCUUUGCGUACAACUUUGACAUUGACGAGGUUUUUCUUACUUAUGGUGUGUCGGUGUCGGUCAGGUCAGUAAAAUUGAGAGCCAAGUUGAACCCAACUGGGCAGAUUGUGCUGCAGCAGUGGCUAGAUUACAAUAGAACAUGGUUGGCAUUGUGGACAGAGCCCGUUCAUAAAUGUGAUUUUUAUGCGCAUUGUAGUUCAUAUGGUGCCUGUGAUAAAAGUGAACCCUUCUCAUCAUCAUCAUCACCAUGCAAAUGUUUGAUAGGUUUUAGGACCAACUAG